GGCGUGGGAAUUCUGCAAGAUACGAGUAACAUAUGGUGUAGAUAUUCUGACACACACUAUUGGACUAUGGCAGCCGGAACCAUGCAACCUUAAAACUUUUUCCAGCGAGCUAUGGGAAAUAAAACUGCAGUACAGAUUAAUACUGUUUGAGCCGUUGCUUUGCCUUGCUUGGUCAGUUUUAUUAUCAAUUAUGACUGCGGACUGCACGAGUUACUACAACGCUGAGAAAGUGUUCGUGAAUGGAUUUACGUGUCCUAAACAAGAUAGCGAUGCCAGAGCAGGUUUUUGUUGUGGGUUUAACGAUAUGAAAUACUGCUGUGAUGACCCCAAUAGCUUCUUUCCGUAUGAAUAUGGGUACAUGUGGUGGCUGAGCGUGGGGGCACUGGUGGGGCUGUCCAUUGCAGCUGUGGUUCUGUUGGCUUUCGUCAUUACUCUUUGUGUCCUGUGCUAUCUGUUCAUUGCCACUAAACCCAGUCGGCUGGACAACGGUCUACCAUUGCGGACACCAGGUUCCAAUCUGGGUGCUGUGGAGGGACCCAGUAAUUCGACCGCCCUCGCUGGACCGCAAGGGUUCCGCAAACACUUCCUGAACCACAAGCUGGACUGUGACAACCAACCCCCGGGUCCGGAUCGGCUCUUUCAGAGGUGCUUCAUGGCCACGGUCACCACAGUCGACGUGGAGGGGCCUUCUUAGUCACCGCAGACAGGACAAGCUGUCUGAGGGAUGUUCACCACUGUCUCAUCAAAUGAUCAGACCACUUGAUCAGGCUUUACUUAACGCGUGUUCCAUCUAUUCCACAGUAUAAUUUUUUUUUUUUAAA